AUGUCGGAAAAACCAGGCGCAAAAAACAUCUGGGAGAGCACCGUUCUGCAACUUGCAGAGUCGGACGAGCUGGUCAUGAAUGCGGUGCUAGCGGUGGGAAGUGUUCAUUUGGCGGCUAGCAUGUCCAACAACCAAGCAAUUGAGGAGGCUACUACUAGAUAUGUCCUCCACUCUAUCACCGGGCUACGGCUGGCGUUGAAGGAUUGGGAUGGUAGCAGCUCGGCGGUGAGCGACGAUACAAUCCGCUUGAUGCUGGUAACUUGCUUGCUCGCAGAGCACGAGUGCAUCGGCGGAAACUUCAACGGAACUCUCCAACUUCAUCUCCGCGCAAUUUACCCUGUGGCGAGAGCCCUCGAGUCGAAGCACACAGCCCGUCAGAUGGAGUCAGUCGCCCACCUCCUUGAGCACACGGCAUACCUGCGGUUCCUAUCAGUGCUAUGCUCCCCUCGGCCCGGCGAUAAGAGCGACAACGAUUCUACCGACUUGGUCAGACUAAUUCAUGAAGGGCGCUUCACGCUCCUCAAGAGCUAUGAGACGUUCGGUGCGUAUUUCGGCUGCGCUGCGGAGCUCUAUGAAGUGAAUCCCGCUCUCCACAAGUUCUACACGACCCGGGACUUGGAUAUCUCGACUGGCCGAGAUCUCGGUUGCGCAGCAGAAUUCAACAGGCUUCUGUAUAACAUCUCAUCGUGGCAGCAUUCUCAGGACACGUGGCCAGAAGACCGGGCUGCGCGGGAGGAGGCAGAGAGAGUUCGGAAGUCUACUGAAUCACCUAUGAUCGCCUUAGCUUUCGCCAUCCAGAAUGCGCUUCUCGUUUUCCUUUACUCAGCAUUUCUGCGCCACAAGGAAGACCAGGCGCGUCUUCUAGUGGCCACCCAGCCGAUAGCUGACGAGACGCCGGAUAUUUUCGAUCGAGUCAAAAGGACGACCUGGGAAAACACCACCUGGUGGCCGAUGAUUGUCGUGGGAUCGUAUGCGAGGCGCGAGGAGCAACAGCAACAACUUUUGACUAGCCUUCGAGGGUUCAACCCUCCAAUGGCGAUUGUCACACGAGGGAUCGAGCUACUGAAGGAGUUGUGGAAUGCGCCUGACGACACCUUUGGGCUCGAUGGCCUGUCGCGAGUGGUUGGAGUGAGUGAGGUAUAUUGCUUUGGGUGA